GGGGACAGCCCCCAGGCACAAGAGAGGCUGCAGAAUAUAGAAAUAGCUUUAAAAAAAAAACCCAAAGAAACAUAAAAGGCCAGGUUGGUGCCAUUUCCUGGGGCCGGACGCGCGUUGGUCACGAGGUAAGAAGGUGUCCGAGGUUGGUGUCGCUCUCUGGUCGCACCCAACGACCUCCAGAGCCACCAUGGCCGGGGAAAUCGUUUAUGCCGAUCUGAGACAUCCUGGGAACGGGCCUUCCCCGGCUGAGAAAUGUCCUGCUCCUGCCCCGUGCCCGUGGUGGCACAGAGUCCUCCUGGCAGCCGGGGCGCUGGGGCACCUGGUGCUGCUGGUGCUGGUGGUGGUCCUGAGCGCGAGGGUUUUUCAGGGCUCUCCAGGUCCUGAAAGUGACACCAGAGUCGAGAUCCAGGACAGGAACCAGUCGGAGCAAAGCAUCUUCCCAUCCCUGGUGCGGUACCUCUGCCAGCCCCAGGGGCAGAGCCCCCCAGCCCCUGCUGGCUGCAAGUUGUGCCCCCAGGACUGGCAGCUCCAUGGGGAGAGGUGCUACCGGCUCUCCAAGGAAUCUGGGACCUGGAUCCAGGGCAGGAAAAGCUGCGAAGAUCAGGGCUCCGAGCUGGUGGUGCUCAAGAACGAGGCAGAAAUGCAACUGGUCCCUUCCACGUCCCAGGAGAGUGUCACAGGCAGGAUCCUGCAGUCGGUGUGGGUCGGGUUGAGGUCACAACAAAAGAAGUGGACGUGGGUGGACAACACCCCCUACGACCCCCACAGGUUUGGGGUCCUGCCGGAGCUGGAUGAAGGGUGUGGGACCCUGAAAGGCAAGAGCUUGGAUGCUGAUGUCUGUGACAAUGACAACAAGUGGGUUUGCCAAAAAGCCCCUUUCCAACUCUCCCUGCCCACGGCAGGAGACAUUGGGAAGCUGGAUGAUGCCUCCACAUGUGGUAUAAAAAAAUAAUUCAUUACAGUUCUUUCAUGGUUUAUCCACCCUGUUACAUCAGCAGUAAAUUCCUGUCAGUAGCUUUUCUCUAUAUCCACUUUUUAGUUAUUCAUUCUCUGCCCAGGAGAAAAAUACUCCCAAACAAUUUCCCCCCCACAUGGAUUUAUCACCACAUCUGUAUUUAUCUUGCCAAA